AUGAAAAGAGAAGAAAAACGUGCGGUGCGUGGCAAUUUGGUACGAUUCGAUCGAUCCGCUAUGAGAAAUGCUCUCGUCAGGUUCGGAAAGAGGAUGACCAAUUUUGAUAUUACACUGCCAGAGAAUGAACAGAUUAUUGCUUCACAUAAAUCUGUUCAUUUCGAUCAUCUUCAACAUCCUAAUUAUAUGAAAGACUUCAUGCCAAAAACUCGCAGACUUCAGUGGAAUGUUGAUUAUUUGCGUUAG